GACGGGCUGCCUUGCGUCAGUGAGCGCAAGACCGUGCCCCCGCAUUGUUGAUCGCGCAAACGUUUCGGCAACUCUCUCCACAGAGCCAAAUUUUUAACCCCGUCCGGCCCGGAAUUGCAAGCGACAAGCGUCUGCGUGCCGCGGUACUCGCUCGGGGAUCGUCUUGGAUUUUACAGUGUUGUCUCUGUUGAGAGUUAACCAGCUUCAUGAUGCCGUCUCAGUCUGAAAAUGAGAACAGACUUCGACGGUUCAAGAACAAAGGAAAGGAUUGCGAUGAAAUGCGGAGGCGUCGUAAUGAGGUGUCAGUGGAGUUGCGCAAGGCUCGCAAGGAUGAACAGCUGCAGAAGAGACGCAACUUAGCCCUGGAUGAGGAGCCUACUUCGCCUCUUCAAGAGAGCAAUGUCCAGGCUAAAUCUCCCCUCAUGUCCAUCGCUGACAUCCUCAUUGGUCUUCAAAGCCCAGAUGAGAACCAGCAGCUGAUUGCCGUCCAAGCCGCUAGAAAGACACUCAGCAGAGAACAGAAUCCUCCCAUUGAUGACAUGAUCAGGGCCGGUGUUGUCCCAUACUGCGUACGUGCUCUAGAGAACUUCAACAACCCUGGUCUCCAGUUCGAAGCUGCCUGGGCUCUGACCAAUGUUGCAUCUGGAACUUCAGAGCAGACUGCCACUGUCGUGAAAGCUGGUGCUGUGCCUCGACUUGUGCGGUUGCUUGGUCCUGGCAACCCUCCCAACGUAGUGGAGCAGGCUGUCUGGGCGUUGGGAAACAUUGCUGGUGAUGGUCCCACAAACAGAGACCUUGUACUCAGUAGUAACGCUCUGCCGUCACUGUUGGAGCUGGUGACCCCUGAGACUCCGGUUGCUUGUUUGAGAAACAUUGUUUGGACCUUGUCAAAUUUGUGCCGAAACAAGAACCCUCCACCAUCCUUUGAAAUGGUCAAACCAUGCCUGCCAGUAUUCAGCAAACUGUUGCACUAUUCUGAUAAUGAUGUAAUCUCUGACGUUUGUUGGGCCCUGUCCUACUUGACCGAUGGAACCAAUGACAAGAUCCAGGCUGUUGUCAACACCGGCCUUGUCCCGAGACUAGUGCAGCUCCUGGACAGCAGAGAGGUCUUGGUCAUCACUCCCGUUCUCCGCACUGUCGGUAACAUUGUUACUGGCAAUGAUGUUCAGACUGAUGCUGUUCUUCAAGCGCAAGUCUUGCCUCGUCUGGGCAAACUUCUGUGCCACAGUCGUCCCAAUUUAGUGAAGGAAGCUGCUUGGACCCUUUCUAACAUUACUGCUGGUAACGUUGAACAGAUUCAACAAGUCAUAAACUGUGGUCUCAUUCAGCCUCUUAUUGCUGUCCUGCGUCAGGGUGACUUCAAGUCUCAGAAGGAAGCUGCCUGGGCUGUCACAAAUAUCACGUCUGGGGGCAGCAUCGGACAGCUGUCCAUUUUAGUUCAAGAAGGCGCCCUCCAUUGCAUGUGCAUGCUCCUCGACUCCAAGGACUACAAGUGUGUCAAGGUUGUCAUGGAUGGAAUCGUCAACAUCCUCGCUACAGCAGAGAAGACCGGUGAUUUGGAUAAGGUUGCCAUGCUUGUUGAAGAGUGUGGUGGCUUGGAUAAAAUCGAGGCCUUGCAGAACCAUGAAAAUGAAGAAAUCUACCAGAAGGCUCUCAACAUUAUUGACACUUACUUCUCAUCAGGGGAACCUGAUGACCCCAACCUCGCUCCUCAACAAGUGAAUGGACAACUUGCCUUCAACUCUGGAUCAGCAGUUCCUGAGGGUGGAUUUUCUUUUUAAGCCCUUUAAUGUGUUCAUUCUAAUUGUGAUAUAAAUUAUUUGUCAAUCCAGUUGUUAAACUUGAAUAGUGGACCAAUCAUUUAGGCUAUUAUUAUGAAAUUUGGAGAAGCUGAGUCCAUGAUGGGGUUUUCUUGUUGGACUGUUGAUUUAAUUGUUUUUUUUUUUACUUAUGAAAUGUCCAUUGUUUUCCUUUUUUAUGUCUUUGGGCCCAAUUUUUACUUGAAACUGUCUUGUUAGGUAGUGCCAUGAGUGAAGUUUUAAAUACCUGUAAUACUAAAUCAUUAAAGCCUGUCAGUACGUA